AUGUGGAAGGCUGAACAAUAUUCGGAACAAUUGUUGAAUUCAAUUAUUGAAGAGAGAAAGUUGUUGGCCAUUACUCAUGAAUCUAUGAAUGCAAAGGAUAUGCUUUUUAAGGUUUUAAAGAAUCGAUUGGGGAAUAUGGAUGAUGACAGAGAUUUUGAUGAAAAGUUUUAUCCAUGCGAUGAUGAUUUUAGAGUUUUGGUAAAUAAGUAUCAUUAUGUCAUGUUGAAGGAUGAAAGGUUUUUUGAGAUUUUGAGUGAGAAUUACAAGUAUUUAAUUCCUGAAAUGUUGUACUUGAUUGAGUUUGGAGAGAAACAUGAUAUUGAUAUUCCACUCAAGGUUAGACAGACAUUUGGAUUGGAUUUUUAUAGAACACAAAUGAAAUUGGAUCAACUGGACCCAGAUCACAAAUACUUGACAACCCUUCUCGUUGCUUUUUAUAUUCAUUUGGGUAAGUGCAAUAAUCCAGAUGUUUUGAGGGAGGAAUUCUAUUGGAUGCUUGAUUUAUUUGAAAGUGACGAAAGCAACUUGCUCUUGGAUUCCAUUAGAAUCUAUCCAGGCAACACUCCAUUCUUUUUAAGAUCCCUUGUCUUUGAGGAUACUUCUAAAAUUAUUGAACGAGUUUUGGAUGGCAAUAUCAAUCCAAUGCUCAUCAUGUGGGGCCUCUUCAUGGCAAAAUUGGGAGAAGCCAAGGAUAUUCUCGAUCCUCAAGACUAUGAUGAUUUGAAUAGAAAGAGCUCACAAAUUCUCAGAUUCCAAGAUCCAUCCACAGGUAACAAUAUUCUCCACGAAAUUAUUCGAUCCAACAAUUCAAUUGUUAACAAGAUUGCUUCCAUACUUCUCAUAAUUGGGCACGAACAAAACUUUCAAGAUACUGACGAUGUAAUUCUCUUUGAAAUGAAGAACAAUGAUGGGAAAUCUGCUUUUCAAUUGAGCACUUUGGCAUUGCGUGCUACCUUUACAUUAGUCGUGAGUGAUUAUCUUCUCAUUGGUUUGAUGAUUUUGUGUGCUCCACUCCUUCUCCUUCUCAUACCAUGCUUGCUAUUUGUUAGAGUAUUCGCAAGAUUGCUCUUCAAGACUGCCACUUUAAGAUAA